CGCAUUUUAAACGAGCUGUGGCUGUCGUUUGCUUGCUUUGCCCAUUCUAACACUUUUUGUCGCUAUGCGUUGGACUUUAUCAUUUCCAAAAUGUUAGAGACCUGAACAUGGAACAAUUCUCUUCAUGUAACCAAGAACUAAGCUUCGAUAGUUCGUGAGAUCGUCCCGUGAAGCGCUUGAACACUACCAGGCUGAUAUGAACAGUGAUACAAGCAGUGGAGAGCAUUCUGGAAAUAGUAACUCUACGACAGACAAAAGCAAAGCUUCUAAAAGAUCGAGAACUACACGGACUCAAAAUUGGACAUCAAAGUCAAUGACUGAUCAUGACGCUGUAGGUGUUGCUGGGAGUAGGGAAGCCGUAUACAACGACAUGAUGGACAGAGAAUCUGCCACGAAAGCAGUCGCAAUUGUUGUCCACACAGCAAGCAAACGAGGCUAUGUGCAUCUAUGUACCGAAUUUGCCUCGCUUAUUCGUGAAAAUAAGAGGAUGGAGCUAGAAAUAAACCGGUUAAAGUUCGUUAUCAGUCAAUUACAAAUGCGUACAUCUAAUAAGGGAACUUCAGGUGGAGAAUGCAGCUCAGAUAAACUUCAAUGCUCUUCAUCAUCAUCUGCGAGUGAAUCAGGGUCUGGAGGUUCCAAAGGUUUGAAAUCCAAGAAAACUCACACUAAGAUAAUCACAACUACAAGUCCAAAUACACAAGUGCAAAGAAGUCAAGAUCAAGAGUCUUCAACAUCAAACAGACUUGUACAUCCUCCUUUGGGGGAAGAAAAUUGUAAAACAUCAGAACAUAAGUCAGGAAAGGAAAAUCAAACUACAGGGAACUCUUCUUUUGAACUAAGAAAAGCAAAGGAAAGAAUCUUAAGACUUGAAAGUCAAGUACAUAACCUAACAGCUGAAAAUCAGGCUCUCAAAGCACAAGUUCAAAAUGCAGAGAUACAAAAUGACUUCUUAAAAACCAUCGCAAGUGAAAACUGUAAAAGGACAAAGGACAGAACAUCACCUGAACAAAUACUCACGCAAUCAAGCCAUGCAAAGGAAGCUGUUAAUCCUAGUAUUGGCAACUUAAAGGAUGACGAAAACUGCUGCCUGAAAAGCUGUGUCAAACAUGGAAGAAGGUAUAAUCCCAGAACACUAACACCUUCUAGAAUAAGUUCAAGAAUAUCUACAGAUCCUUGUGUGAAACCACUGAGCAUUGACAACAACCCUACAUCUGUUGGAAAUAGUUUGACACCUCUACAGCUGUACAAAGGCAACCAAACACAAGACAAGAGCCCACACAAAUCAACGCCAUUGCCCAAAAUAGGGGAUUACGUAACUAUACAAGGAGAAAUUAAAGGUUAUGUUAAUUACGUUGGGCCUGUUCAUGGAAAAGGGGAGACAUCAGACUUCGUAGGAAUACAGCUCCCUUCGCCAGUGGGUAACAAUGAUGGAUCCAUUGGUGGAGUCAAGUAUUUUACUUGUCCUCAGAACUAUGGCGCCUUCGUCCCUCUACGGGAUAUCAAACAAGUUGAUCAAAGACCAGCCACGCCGUUUCCGUUUUAACAGUACAGCCCUUAUCACAAGACAUAGAGACACUUAUUGUCAAUUAGGUAGUAGACUCCGACAAGAACCUCUCGUUCACUCUUAGCAUUACAGACAGACAGGAUUUGUGCUAGCUAUCAGACAAAUCUUGUAUAAAUAUCCAUGAUUCUAUAAGCCAAACGAGCUUAUAAAAAAAACUAAAUACCUUUGCGUAAAAAUUAGCCGAUAUGCUGUACUUUAAAAGUAGGGUCGAUGCGCUUUGCAAUCUUUUUUGUUUAUUUACCAUUCUGUUCAAAAUAGUUAAACUAUUCAGAUUUGUAUCGAUGUUAAACUAAUCGGUGUUAUGAUGUAAAAUAACCAUAGAGACCCUUCUAAAAAGUUUUCCAUAGCCUGAGUUCAUCCAGCAUUUACUCGUAAACACCGUUAAUUUCGAAAAUAAACCGGAUGUGCGCAGGCUAGUUUUCCAUGGUUUUACUCAUGCCCUACCGAUAUCACACAGACAAAAUCCGCCAAAAGUAUACUGAAUAUUUUACCAAGAAAUAAUUGUGGCAGUUAUUGACAUUAGAAGGGUCUAGUUCAUAACGUUGUGUGAACUAAGCUAUACCGUGUGCUCUAAAACGUUUGAUAAAACCAGUAGAUAUUUGGGAUAAAUAUCCAAAAUAGCAUUUGUAGAAGACACUUGACUGUCGAAUUGAAUCGUUUAGAAGUUUAGAGUGUUAAACUUUAGCUAGUUUAUGGUGGUUUACUUAUAUAACAGAUGAAUUAGUCAGUUUUACACUCAUAAAAUAUGUAAAAAUGACUGCCGCUUGUCGCGUGAAUCAAAAGACGGACGCGCGCGUAGAGAUUUUGGCGGGAAACUUAAGCCGUGCGCGUCCGCAUCAUGCCUCCCGCUUGAAUGAGAUUCAGGCACUACCAUAACACAAACGUUUGCUACUGGGGAUUGUCAAAGACAAAACCAUUUGAUUUAAGAUGUUCAUUCGAUGACAAUUAGAUAAUGGCCUCAGAGACCACAAAAUUAUUUUUUUAAGAGUUUCCCAUUCAAUGGGCAGUAGUCUGAAAGACAAAGUAGUUUUUAUUUUGUAGCGUGGCAUCACUUGGACGCAUCUCAUAAGAUAGAAUCUGAACAAUUUUAUAGUUUAUUAGCCUCGUCCCAGACCCUUCUCGCUUCAUUCGGACAACACUGAAACCCUGUAUACUGGGAACAUAAAAGAAUCAGUUUUUAGAUAUAUGAUAGCAAAUGGAAUUGGUUUCUGGUGUUUUUAUCCAGCUAUUAUUGACAAAAACAAAAGAUUUUGGCGCGCAAAGAAAAACCGCAUCGAGUGAAAGGCUCGUUUGAAAGAUUCUCCGAUGGGAGGCGAGUAGGGUUUGGGUACGAUAUCGAGUUAGGUCACUUAGGAAGUUGAGAGCUGGGGCGAUCUAUCUAUCUAUUUUGCGUGUUUUGUGACUUCAAUGUUGGAAACAAAGGAAUUACCAUCAAUGAUUUACCAUCAAUGAAUCAAUGAUUCACGGAUUUGGUGUGUCGGCUCUGUUACGUAAAUAAAUCAACACUCGCCCCAAUCUCCCAACAUUCUAAGCGACCUAUUGAAGUAGAACUUCUGAAAAAUAGACAAAAAUGGAAAGUAUUUCCUAAAUCCACUAGAUCUAGUGAAUCUAGAUUAUUUAAUAGUUUAUUUAUUGAUAGAGAAAAUGGAUGAAGACUAGUUUAAAGCAUAUCAGAUAUUGAUAGAAGGAAGAUUGAUAUGUCUUGAAUAAUACCCUCUCAAUUGAAUAAAAUAUAUUUUCAUA